AUGACUGCAUUUGAAGAAUUUGGAGUCCUUCCCGAACUAGGGAAAGCAAUAGAUGAAAUGGAGUGGACGCUACCUACAGAUGUCCAAGCCGAAGCUAUUCCUCUUAUUCUUGGUGGAGGAGAUGUGUUGAUGGCUGCAGAGACUGGCAGUGGAAAAACUGGUGCCUUUUGCUUACCUAUAAUACAAAUUGUAUGGGAAACUCUUAAAGAUAUACAAGAAGGAAAAACAAGUAAAAUUAUUACACAAACAUCGACAGAAUGGACCAUGUCGUUCUUUGACCGAACAGAGGCAUUAGCCGUCACACCUGAUGGUUUACGGUGCCAGUCUCGUGAUCAAUCAGGUUGGCAUGGCUGUAGAGCAACUAAAGGUGUACACACAAAGGGUUUAUACUACUACGAAGCUAUUGUUACUGAUGAAGGCCUAUGCAGAGUUGGUUGGUCUACGCAAGCGGCAAGACUAGAUUUAGGUACUGAUAGACUAGGCUUUGGAUUUGGUGGUACAGGGAAGAAGUCAAAUGCAAAACAGUUUGAUGAUUAUGGCAGUGCUUUUGGGAAAAAUGAUGUAAUAGGUUGUAUGUUAAAUUUAAACAAUGGCGAAAUUAAAUAUACAAAGAAUGGUGAGGAUCUAGGUGUUGCUUUUAAAUUAGAUCAGUCCCGAAGGUCAGACUGCUAUUUUCCUGCUGUUGUUUUAAAAAAUGCUGAAAUGACCUUUAAUUUUGGUGCAACACCAUUUAAGCAACCCCUUCCUAAAGACUAUACUCCUAUUGGUCAAGCACCUAAGGAAUUUGUCAAAGUGAAUGUUGUCUCAGCUGGGGCUGCAACAGGCUCGUGUAAACCAGUUAAUAAUGCACCACAAGCUAUUAUUAUUGAGCCUUCAAGAGAAUUAGCAGAACAAACCUGCUCCCAAAUAACGUUAUUUAAAAAGCAUUUAGACAAUCCAAAAAUUAGGGAAUUGUUAGUUGUGGGAGGAAUAAAUGUUAAAGAUCAAAUAAAUGAAUUAAAUUCUGGUGUUGAUAUUGUAGUUGGUACUCCAGGUCGGUUAGAAGAUCUUAUACAAGGAGGUUAUUUAGCCCUAACACACUGCCGUUUUUUCGUAUUGGAUGAGGCUGAUGGUCUACUGAAAGCAGGGUGUGGCGAGCUUAUUGAAAGGCUACAUAGGCAAAUACCGAAAAUUACUUCAGAUGGACGACGAUUACAGAUGGUUGUUUGUUCAGCGACUCUACAUGCCUUUGAAGUCAAGAAAAUGGCGGAAAAAUUAAUGCACUUCCCAACCUGGGUGGACUUGAAAGGCGAAGAUGCAGUGCCAGAAACGGUUCAUCAUGUUGUGGUCAAUGUUGAUCCACAGAAAGAUCUCUUCUGGCAGACUGCAAGGAAGCAAAUCCAAACGGAUGGUGUCCAUUCUAAGGAUAAUAUAAGAAGCGGUAACACUACCCCUGAAACAUUGUCUGAAGCUGUCAAAGUACUGAAAGGAGAAUACUGCGUUCGUGCGAUUAGGGAACAUAAAAUGGACAGAGCUUUACUGUUUUGCCGUACGAAACUCGAUUGUGAUAAUUUGGAGCGGUUUCUUAAAUCUUUCGGGAGCGAGUUUUCGUGUGUCUGUCUGCAUGGAGAUCGUAAACCUGCCGAACGAAAAGCUAAUUUGGAAAAAUUUAAACAGUCCCAAGUGAAGUUUCUUAUCUGUACCGAUGUUGCCGCUAGAGGCAUAGAUAUAUCAGGGUUGCCAUUCAUGAUCAACGUGACUCUACCGGACGAGAAAUCGAACUAUGUGCAUCGCAUUGGCCGAGUGGGUCGAGCGGAGAGAAUGGGAUUGGCCAUUAGUCUUGUCUCUACCGUGCCUGAGAAGGUAUGGUAUCACGGGGAGUGGUGUUCUUCUCGCGGCCGUAACUGUUUUAACACAAACCUCAUUGAUGACAGGCCCAAGGGAUGCUGCAUGUGGUAUAAUGAACCUCAGUACUUGGCGGAUAUAGAAGAUCACUUAAAUAUAACAAUCCAACAAGUAGAGCCCGACAUGAAAGUGCCUAGUAAUGAGUUCGAUGGCAAAGUUGUCUAUGGACAGAAACGUACUCAAGUUGGCUCCGGUUAUCAGGACCACGUGAGCCAAAUGGAACCUGUAGUAAGGAGCUUGAAGGAACUCGAAUCGCAAGCGCAAAUCUAUUAUUUAAAAUCUCAUCAUAAUGUUGUUGUAGCCUGA